AUGAGUGAAGCAUCUUCCAACCCAUCUGGUAAGCCAUUGUUUGAUAUUAUGUGCAUUCUUAAUGUAGAACAUACUAGUUACAACAUAGGUACUUACCAAACUCCAUCGAAUCAAUCGCACGCAGAUCCUGCCAAUCAUAAUAAUAAUAAUAUUAUCGCCAAUAACAGUCAUCGCAACGACAGCAACAACAACAACAACAACAACGACAACAACAAACACGAUCCAAAUGAAGGGUCCAAUGGUGAUACUACUACUAAUAUUGAUAACGACAACAGCAAUGAUAUGACACGGUCCAAUAAUACCACCAUCAUCAAUAAUGGCAAUGGCGCGAUGCAAUCCAAUCCUUUACGUUCGUUGUCACAAGCAGACCAUAAUAGGAUGUCAGCAACCACAAACGCCAUAACAACAACAACGACGCCCAUUAUUGGGAAUCCGCUUGAGGCUGCUACUGAUACUGAUACUGAUACUGAUACCUCAUCGCAAACCAAUGGCAAUAGGAAUCAACAACAUCACCAUCAUCAUCAAAAUGGUGUUAUGGAAUCAUCAUCCUCCGUAGCAAACACAACAACAACCGAGCCAUCAAGUCAUCCAAAUAACAACAAAAACAAACACAACAACAACAACAACAACACUACGAAUGCCAGUCAGGAUGUUCCAGUGCCGAAUCCACUGCUUGAUGGGACGACUACCAAGUCAUCCAUGGGAACUGGACAACAACAAGAAGAAGAUGGUGAUGAUGAUGUUGAUGUUGAUGACGAUUGUUCCAUUAUGGAGGUGGAUUCACCGGCAACGAUCAAACCUUCAACAACCGUUCCAAAUGGUAGGGAUGACGGGAAAGAAUCAUCAUCAUCACCACCACUACCAUCACAUUCACUCUUCCAAACACGAACAACAACAACUGCCAAUAAGUCAUCCUAUACUGGAAACGAAGAACUCAAGAAACCACCACCACCACCAUCACAUUCACAUUCACUCUUCCAGACAAGUACAACAACAACUGCCAAUAAGUCAUCCUAUACUGGAAACGAAGAACUUAAGAAACCACCACCACCACCAUCGCAUUCACUCUUCCAGACAAGUACAACAACAACUGCCAAUAAGUCUUCCUAUACUGGAAACGAAGAACUCAAGAAAUCACCACCAUCACCAUCACCACCAUCACCUUCCUAUCUCGAUCCAAUGGAACUUUCUUCUAUUUCUACCGUGACCUUUACCCAUGCCCUCUUUGGUCGUGCCAAUAAGUCGAACACAAAACAAGAAGAAGGAGAAAAGCAAUCGGCCACAUUGACAACAACAACAACAACGCCAACAACAACAACAACAAUGUCGUCAUUGGAGCAAGAUGACAAGCAAAAACUUGACAAGGUUGAAACUACCAAAAACAACAAUGACAAUAUUGACAAUAAUGAUAAUGUCCAAAUCUUGACCAAGAAACACGCCGAAAAAGAAUGGAGGCGCAAACGCAAACGGCAGCUACGAAAACAGUUGGCAGGCAAUAAGGGUGUGAUUCCAUCCUUUGUGUCCAUUUUGGAAGGUCCGAUUCAUAUUGAUGAAGAAAAAGAAAAAGAAGACGAGGAAAUGAAAGAGGAUGUUACCAUUACCAAGAUUGUGGUAAAUGUGGACGAAUAUUUGAAAUUGGGUGACAUGAGAAAGAUGGUUCCCAAUAAUGUCAAGAGCUACAAUCGGUUUUCAGUAACAGCCGCUCGAUCCAAGUCCAUCGCAGUAGGCGGACCAUCAAUUCCGGUUCCAUCAAGUAUACUUUCUGCAAGUCCCGUCACAUCAGGUUCUAUUCCAUUGGACCCGGAUCCAAAAGACGAAGGUUACUACGAAGGCAUCAAACACAUGGCCAUGCCAGAAGACGAAAUCUACUUGAGUGAUAUGCAACAGUGGCUCCGACAAAAUUUGGAAUUCUUUUCGGCCACCCAAAUGGAUGCCCAAAUGUCACAAUCGGGACGACGGCAACGAACCACCCGGGGAAAGGUGGGGAUCCGUUGCGUCCAUUGCGCUCGGGCCUUGUUGCCAAAGUUUGAAUCGAAAUUGAAUACCAAUGCCAUGAAGUACGAACAAUGGCCACCGGGGUCAGUUUCCUAUCCUGCAACCAUGGAUGGACUGUAUUCUUCGUGCAGUCAACGGCCACAAUUGCACUUCAAGACGUGUCCAUACAUUUCAGCGGCCAUGCGGAUCCAAGGAUCUCAAUGGCUAUCGGGGGAGGGGGAAUCAGCGUCAGCGCAUCCAACCAAGAGACGGAAGCGGUGUCGUGAAGGAAUCAGUGCGGUCAUGUAUUAUCACAUUGCUUGCGAACGAAUUGGAUUGUUGGAAACGGCGGGGGGAUUGCGGUUUACACGAGAUUUGAAUUUGGAGCCACUGCCAUUGGAACAAGCUAGACACAAGGUGGAGGUAACCAAACCCGAAUUGACCAUCAAGCCAAGGCAGCGACAAGUUUCGUAUCAGCCCAUGUCAGCAACGUCGUCAGUGAGCAGUAAUAUGCCACCACCAGCACAAGUCAAAGCGGAAAAGACACCCUGUACCAACGAAGAGUGCCAGCAAAUUCUCCAAGAAGCCUUGCAAGAAGAAGAUGAUUUGUCUGUUCGAUUGGCCUGCAAGGAGGAUAACGAGAUGGUCAGUGACUACACAUUCUUGGCAAUCAAGCAAAUGGCCUUGUGCCAUGCCAGUCCAUUGGAUUUUGUGUCUCGGGGCAAAAAGACCAAGCUGAUGCGACUGGGAUUUUCAGGAUUCUGCUGCCGGCAUUGCAAUGACAAGAAUAUUGCAACGCAUGCCUGUCGGAGCUAUUCGUCUGCUCCCGAUAACUUGGCUUCGGCCAUUUCCAACAGUUUUGUCCUGCACUUGGCCAAAUGUCCGAAUACUCCUACCAAAAUCAAACAAGCGUUGGCGGCACUCAAGAAGAUACAUUCCAAACAAAUGCAACAACUGCCGUAUGGGAGUCAGCGCAAAUGCUUCUUUGAACUCUGGCGACGAAUGCGAGCUGCCGACAAGAUUGUGGAGGGCCAGGAAAAUCCCACAGUCGAGCAAAUUGCCGAAGCGUCGGAAGAGGCGGGAAUCGCCAUGUCUGCAGCAGCGAUGCCCGAUUCUGCUCGUUCCACAUCCGUGGAGACAGCUAUAGAAUCGAAUCGGAAGAAUUCCCGUAGCGCUGGAUUUCCAAUCUCGUCGAAUGAGAAUUCUCUAAGAGUACUCAAGAAAGCCGAGGAAGAAUGGGAUCCAACGAAGGAUAAUGACAAUCUGAUGGACAAGGAUGAUCGCUUCCUCGUUUCGGAUUAUGUAUUUUUGACGAUGCGGCAAUUGGGAACAGCGCUUCCCACUAGUGCGGACUUUCGGGGAAAUAGAAGGCAAAACAUUUCGCAACGCAUGGCUGGGAUGAAAUGCUUGCAUUGUUUGGAAGAGCAUGGCUUUGUCGGUUCUGGUCGUUCGUUUCCUAGCGCUCCUGACAACAUGGCAUCUGCCUUCAAUACAUCUUUGUACAAUCACAUGCAAGCUUGUCCAGGAGUGCCUGCGGAGCUGAAGAGCGCGUUUUCUGAUCUCCGCAAAAUUCACAGUAUGCAGUGCCAGAACCUUGUAUUCGGGUCGCAGCGCAAGUUUUUCAACAAGGUGUUUGCCAAGCUGAGACGAGUACCAAUUCCACAAAGUGUUCUGGAGGCACUACCGCCAGUUCCCAGUCCCGCCAAGAAGUCGUCGUAUGGAGCUUCAUAUGGAGCAACCGUGCCCAUGGCAAGUGACGAAGCACUACAAAAGCACUCAUUUGUUAAUGGACCAGCAUUGGAUGGCUUUCCAGCGUUCUACCAGUGCCUGCGAUGCCGUGCGGUCCCAUUUGCCUUUCGAGCUCCUGGAUGCGUACAGAAUUCUCGACCGAGUACUUCCCUGCUAGUUAAGCAUACCAUGGCAUGCCAAGGGGAUGCUAUUUUCAUGGGCUUUGUCAAGGCGGGAUUCAAUGCAUUGACGGAAGAUUUCGAGUUCUUGUCGCAGUUAAAGCCUUUUCAAGACUUGGUGCACCAUGUAGUGGGCGGCGAUGAUGAACUUGCGGCUCUGUUUUCGGACCCAGUAGAGGCCACGAAGAAGACUACAACUGGUUGGUGGAGACGAUUGCCCGCAAGUGUGAACUUUGAUGAAGCUCAGAAGCGAUUUGAAAAGAUGGCAUCCGACUUGAGCAUUUCGUCCAGCCGCCUUCAAGACCAACCCAAAUUGAUUCGAUAUUUGCAGACGAUUUCCCCAAACUUUCAUAUUCCUUCGCCUUCCAUCAAAGACGAGACUAAAGAUGUGUCUAUGGAAGUUGACGAGCAAAGGCUCACUGGCAGGGAAGGGGCUUCUUUAACGGAUGAGUCAGCUGCCACUUUAUCAACUUCACCUGCAGGCAAUACAUCCGUGAGGCAAUCUACCACUGCUGCCAACUCUGUUAUGGCGUCUGCAGCAGCAUCACCACCUCGAGCAGUAGUUGCUACGGGCAUCACUUCGUCAGCAAAGUCAACAGCUGUUCCUCUCGUGGAUGUCAAGCCAGAUGGCGUCUCUUCGACAUCACAAUGCAAUGGCGGAGUUGCCAUUGCUACUGCUGCAGAUGGGCAAAAGGAAAUCGUUAUUGACGACGGCUCAGAUGAUGAUGGGGUUUUUGUAUAG